ACGCGCGGCGCUGAUUGGCUGCCUCAGAGUAUGUACGCCCCUAGAUCCUGUCCCAUGUCUUGCUUCACAUAUUCCCGCCGAAUCAUGGCUGAGCCCAACCCCUCAUGCUAUCAUGCACGAGCAUGGGUGCGUCGGUUGCUCGACAGCUUGGAAUGCGACGUCGCUAAGCCUGAUGCCGUGAGGUCGUGUUGACGAUGAAUGCAGGUGACCGCAACUAGACGGGCCAUGACUCUGUACCCGGGCGCCUUGGAUGGCGAGCCCACGGUCCGUCCUUUUUUCUCGACCGCAUCUUGUCCGACAACGACAGCGAGCGGUAGAAGCUAAGAACCCACGGGCGUUGGAGCAACCGCAAGAUGCAGCCGGGUGGCUUGCGGCUAUGCCUGCUCACAGAGCUGAGCUGUCUGUGAUACGAACUCGGCGCUUUGGAAGACGUCAGACAAGCACUACCCAAGUGAAUGCUUUGCAUCUAUCUGCUCAUAGAUGCUUGUGCGUGUACUCCGUAAAGGCAGUAUUAAGUUUGUACUGCUACAAACGACAUCCACCAACACCCUUCGGCAAGUUCGUCUAAUGCAAGUAAGCCAAGGCGAUGAUCCAGCACAUCAGAUCGUCCAGGCACAAUCGCCAUUGCCAUGCA